AUGUGUAUAUCAACUUCCGGUGUCACGGGGUGCCUGGGAGACGAAACGCAAAAAGCGGGCAUACCGAACAUAUCCCGUAUUUUCUCCUUGUAUACAUUUAAUUGAAAAACAUACAUUGGGACGACGCAAAACACCGUUGCAACAUCAAUAGGACGAACGGCAUAACAUUGGAUGUGCAAUUGUACCAGCAUAUCCUUAUUCACUCGACUUGCUAUUUAGCAUUAGCUCGCUACCACGACUGCUUCAAGAACAGGCCCCAGCCUGGACUUUGCUUUAUCUAACUAGCUAUCACAAGAUAACCCGUUUUCUUCAUCAACGUUAUUUUCAGUUCUUAGUGUAAACUAGAACCACAUCUUUAACUCACUUGGAGUUGUUUAUUUUGAUAUUUCUAAACCGUUGCAUUGGUGGUGUGUAGUUAGCUAGCAUUUUACUAAGUGUGCUGUGCACUUUUUUCGCAAGCUAGCGACCGCUCAGCAUUCCCGUCCAUUUUACAGUCACAACUAACUAACUAGCUAGGGCUAGCAAAUAAGAAACGGCAAUGUCGGAUUUCGACGAAUUCGAGAGACAACUGUCUGAAAACAAACAAGCUCAGUUGGUAGAGCAUGGCGCUUGCAACGCCAGGAUAGUGCGCUCGAUUCCCGGGAACACCCCGGAGAAGGACAAGGAGAACCGCCACCACCGUCGCUCCCCCUCUCGCAGCCGCAGCAGAGAGAGGAAGAGGAGGAGCAGAGACAAGGACAGACGCAGCAGGGAUCGCCGUGGAGACAGCAAGGAGCGCAGACCGAGACGCAGCUCACCAUCCCAACAACAACCCCAAGAGAUUGCUGUAAGUCGUUCCCCGCACCGUGAAACGAAGAAGAAGAACAAAGUGAAGAAGUACUGGGACGUCCCUCCUCCUGGCUUUGAACACAUCAGUGUGAUGCAGUACAAAGCCAUGCAGGCUGCGGGUCAGAUCCCAGCCACGGCCCUGCUGCCCACCAUGACCCCAGACGGCCUGGCCGUGACCCCCACUCCCGUCCCUGUGGUGGGAAGCCAGAUGACCAGACAGGCCCGUCGGCUUUAUGUGGGCAACAUCCCCUUCGGCAUCACAGAGGAGUCCAUGAUGGAUUUCUUCAACGCUCAGAUGCGUCUGGGUGGUCUCACUCAGGCUCCAGGAAACCCCGUCCUCGCUGUUCAGAUCAACCAGGACAAGAACUUUGCCUUCCUCGAGUUCCGCUCAGUGGAUGAGACGACCCAGGCCAUGGCGUUCGAUGGCAUCAUCUUCCAGGGACAGAGUCUGAAGAUCCGCCGUCCCCAUGACUACCAGCCUCUGCCUGGCAUGAGCGAGAACCCCAGCGUCUACGUGCCUGGCGUGGUGUCCACAGUGGUGCCUGACUCGGCCCACAAGCUGUUCAUCGGGGGCCUGCCCAACUACCUGAAUGAUGACCAGGUGAAGGAGCUCCUGACAUCGUUUGGGCCUCUCAAGGCCUUUAACUUGGUCAAGGAUAGUGCCACAGGUUUGUCUAAGGGUUAUGCGUUCUGUGAGUAUGUAGACGUCAACCUGAACGACCAGAUCACCAUGGAGAAUCAGGCCAUAGCAGGACUCAACGGCAUGCAGCUGGGAGAUAAAAAGCUCCUGGUGCAGAGAGCCAGCGUGGGAUCCAAGAAUGCCACUCUGACAAGUAUAAACCAGACCCCGGUGACGCUGCAGGUGCCGGGCCUGAUGAACAGCUCAAUGACCCAGAUGGCUGGCUUGCCCACAGAGGUGCUGUGUCUGAUGAAUAUGGUGGCUGUGGAGGAGCUGGUGGAUGAAGAGGAAUAUGAGGAGAUCGUGGAGGAUGUGAGGGACGAGUGCAGCAAGUACGGCCAGGUCAAGAGCAUCGAGAUCCCCAGACCUGUGGAUGGGCUGGAGGUCCCUGGCACUGGCAAGAUCUUUGUGGAGUUCAUGUCAGUGUUUGACUCCCAGAAGGCCAUGCAGGGUCUGACGGGCAGGAAGUUUGCUAACCGGGUGGUGGUGACCAAAUACUGCGACCCUGAUGCCUACCACCGCCGAGACUUCUGGUAGAGGAUGACGACAGGCGAGGAUAGUGAGGGGGGGGGGGUGGAUUGUCAUAUUUCAAAUCGACCCCUAACCCCAUACCACCUAGGCACUUGUUUUGACCUGAAAAGGUGUGAGCGACAUAAUGUUUCACCUAGUCCAUCAGAAGGCCAGGUGGAGUUCAGAGAAGUACCCGGGGGUAGGGGCUGGGGAUCCAUUUG